GGAGAAGUGACAUCUACUUUGAUCUGCACAUACGAAAAAAUUCUGAUUAAUCCGUUUAGCUGUAAGCAUAAUUCUUUACUCGCACUCGCGCUUUAGCACCUUUACUCGUGUUGAGUGGAAAAUUAAUUCAAUUAUGUCAAAUAAAGAGGGCCGCUGUAGUCGAAUUUGUUGGUGCAUGACUACCAUUCGGAAGUGCGUAGGUUCGAAUCUCCGUGCAUGAAGCACCAAAUGAUAGAACAAGUUUUUACUAAUAGCCAUCGUCCCUUGGCCGACAAUUGUAUAGUAUUUCUGUCAUGAAAAAGCUCCUCUUAAAAAAUAUAUCUGCCGUUCGGAGUCGGCUUAAAACUGUAGGUCCCUCGAUUUGUGAAACAACAUCAAGACGCGCACCACAAAUAGGAGGAGGAGCCCGGCCAAACACCAAAAUAGGUGCAAGUGUGAAUUAUAUACAUUAUGUACAUAUGUAUAUGUAAUAUACAUAUGCCAAAUAGUUGCUGCUAGUAGAGAGAAAAGCCACAAACAAAUGGAAUAUCUCUAUAGUCGAUCAUCUGCGCCAUAAAUUUCGAAUUAUAUAAACGCCACAAUUUUUCCGUCGCUUACCUGAUAAAAAUAUAAGUUAUCUCAUAUACUAGCAGUCAUGCGAGUGUUUGUAUUUUGCUACCUUCCUAGAGGAAACAAUAAUUGACAGUUGGGUAUACAAAAACCAAAACUGAAUAGCAUAAGGAUAUCUUUAUUUUGUAAUAAAGUAGAUAGUAACUUUAGUUGAAAUAUGGAUGCUCCACAACCGGGCGUAUCUGUGCCAGAUGGUGGAUGGGGUUGGGUGAUUGUGGGUGCAGUGGCAUUGAUAAAUAUGACCAAUCAAUAUAUUCACUCCGUUUUCGGUCUGCUCUUUGGUGCCAAAUUGCAGAGUAUGCAGGAGUACACCUAUACUGCUGCAUUAAUUUUGAACUUGAGCAGCUUGACCUUGAAUUUUUCCGGUUUAUUUAUUGGCCCGGCCAUAAAGGCAUUCAAACCACGCAGCGUAGCAGCUAUAGGCAUAUUGCUUGUCUCGAACGGAUUGUUCCUUUGUUCAUUUGCAUCAGAAAGUUGGCAUUUCAUUGUCGGUUAUAGUUUAUUUGUCGGCCUCGGACUCGGUUUAAUUACACCAUCAACCUUUAUGGCCAUAAAUUCAUAUUUUAGUGCAAAACGCGGCCGCGCUGUGGGAUUAGCCUUAGCUGGUUCAGGUAUAGGUCAGGUGACGGUGCCACAUUUAGUGCGCUUACUUCUAGAUAAUUACGGAUUUCAAAUUACUGUUCUGGCUAUGGCACUAUUUUCGCUUAUAGGCCUUAUGGGUGCCGCAUUGCUAAAGCCAUUAGCACCUCCAAUCAGACAUAAUAAUCGACAGCAUGUACGUCUAUUGUUAUCAACCGAUGAUGAGAAAAACAAAACAAUACCGCCACAGUGUGAAGUACAUAUAGUUGAAUCCAAUGAAUUGGUAAAAAAAGGAGACCCUCAUGCACAGCUUGCACCUCGACGAGAUACAAGUUAUUGCAGCAAAGUUGGUCAGCGUUUGGUGCAAGCCAUGGAUUUGGAAUUGCUUAAAGAUGUAACGUUCUGGAGUAUAAUCGUUGGUAUGGGACUGGUGUAUACUUCUACUAUACAGUUUACUAUGCUCUUCCCACAUUUUUUACAGUACUCAGUUGGGCUUACCACAUUCAAUACAGCAACCUGCAUGUCUGCUGUUGCUGGCGCUGACAUAGUGUGUCGGCUUUUACUGCCUUGCAUCACUGACAAGCUAAAUGUACCUUAUCGGGUUGUUUUCCUGCUGGGUACGGUUGGCCUACUCAUUUCGCGCGCUGCUCUGGCCGAAUCUAUGGAUAUGACCACAAUCAUUGUUAUGUCCAUUUUCACUGGUAUGACCAAAUCCGCCACUGUGUUAAAUAACAACCUAACAAUUUCAAGCCACUGUCGACCGGAAAAAUUACCAGGCGGCUUGGGUUUGAAUAUGAUUGCCAAAGGUGUGCUAGUUAUCACUGUUGGUCAAUUACUUGGCUGGAUACGUGAUUACACACACUCUUACAUACUAUGUUUGCAUGCACAAAAUAUUUUGCUGUUACUGGUAGUCUUGGUUUGGGUGCCAGAGCUUUUUUGGCGUUAUAAAAAGGAGCGCAAAGUAAGGAGAGAGGCUGCGGUCGAAAGAGAGGAGUAUAAUAAAAUGAGUACGUGCUAAUACUACGAAGUUUUCACAAUGCAAUAUUUUAAGCCAGUAUUAAUUUCAUCAAAACUUAAAUUUAAUCCUAACAAUCUCAUACUAAGUUUUUAAAAUUGACCACAACAGUAACACCAUUUUAUAUUUAAGAACUCAUUCAUCACUAAAUUUGUAAUUCGACAACAAGACAUUGUGAUAUUUUAAAAUGUAAAAUCGUGUAUAAAUGCCAGUAAGGUAUACAUAAGACUAUCUUUUAUUGUAGUUAAUAAGGGUUUUCGAUUGAAAUUUGUAUAUGUAUUGAAAGUAUAAGCCAAAGAAUUUAGGACUCAUAAAUUUAUUAAUUUAUCUUAUAAUAUAUGAAAUAAAAAUUAGUUUUUUAAUAUGUUUUUAAGAUCUUA